AUGCAUAGCGGGUGCUUGGUUGCGAUCGGAAGUGCGCAGCAUAUCAAAUCGAGGUAUGGAGAAGGAUAUACACUAACGUUUACAAUUACGGAUAGUUCGAUAGGGGAUGAUCUCGUCAAUGAAGUGCGAUCUGUAUUUCCGAAUGCCGUUUUAAGAACAAUACAAAAUUCAACACAUAUGGUUUGGCAUCUUGCUAGGUCGGAUAGUGACAGAUGGUCAGAGCUGUUCGCAAAAGCACGUAAUUUAGCUGAUUCGAAGUCUUGGAUAACGGAUUAUUCUUUGGCACAAGCAACCCUAGAAGAAGCAUUCUUAAGGCUAUCUCAAGCGAAUGAGAGCGAUGUUGCUCAACAGACCGUUGUGAGUAUUACAGCCAGUUCAACGUCACCUCGUGCCGAUGGAUUGUAA